GGGCUGCCGGGGCGUGGCUUCGCCGCAGCGGCUGCGCCCGGGAGGCCGAGGCGGAGCCGGGGCCGUGCCUGUCCCUCCAUGGCGGUGCUGUGUGGGGCCGGGCUGGGCACCUCCCUCAGGCGCUGCGGGGCCGGGGGGAGCGGCCGCAGCCCCUGGAAGCCGCUCCUGGUGCUGCUCAGCCCGCCCGCUUUCUCCACGGGCUGUCCCCGGUGCGCCAAGGACAGGCGGCUGCGGCAGAAGAGAGCCAUUUCCGAGCGGCAGCUGACACGUUAUUUCGUGGAUCAGCGGAAGGUGCGCGUGGUUGGAGGACAAGGAGGAGACGGGGGCCAGUCCUUCCACAGUGAGCCCAGAAAAGUGUUUGGAGGUCCUGAUGGUGGGAAUGGAGGUGAUGGGGGCCAUGUCAUUUUUAAAGCUGACCAGCAGAUGAAAUCACUUGCUUCAGUGUUCCGCUUCUAUCAGGGCUUUCACGGAGAGAGAGGAGGAAGCAAAAACUGCUAUGGAGCUAAUGGUGCACACCUGUAUGUUAAAGUCCCUGUUGGUACUUUGGUGAAGGAGGAUGGUGAAGUUGUGGCUGACCUCACCCAGCAUGGAGAGGAGUACAUUGCAGCUCACGGAGGAGCUGGAGGGAGAGGGAAUCGCUUCUUUCUGUCCAACGAAAACCGCGCUCCGAAAUUAUUCACUCCAGGAGAGCCAGGUCAGGAGAGGGUCCUUCAUCUGGAGCUCAAGACAACAGCUCAUGCAGGGCUGGUGGGCUUUCCCAAUGCUGGCAAAUCCUCACUUUUGAGAGCCAUCUCCCGGGCAAAGCCAGCUGUGGCUGCCUACCCAUUCACAACCCUAAACCCCCACGUUGGCAUUGUCCACUAUCAAGACUAUGAACAAGUGGCAGUUGCUGACAUUCCUGGCCUAAUCAGAGGUGCUCACCAGAACCGUGGGCUGGGCAUGGCCUUCCUGAAGCACAUCGAGCGCUGCCGCUUCCUCCUGUUCGUGCUGGACCUCUCUGUGCCCCAGCCCUGGAGCCAGCUGCAGGACUUGAAAUAUGAACUGGAAGCAUAUGAAAAAGGCUUGUCUGAGAGGCCUUGUGUUGUGGUUGGGAAUAAGGUUGACCUUGCUCAGUCCAGGAUCAAUCUGGCGCUCCUCAGGGAGCAGGUAGCUGAGAGGGUCAUUGCAGUGUCUGCUCUGACAGGAGAGAACUUGGAGGAGCUGCUGUUGCAUCUGAGAGAACUCUAUGACACUUAUGUGAAGACAGAACACUCACAAGGACAAAGCCCAGUCAAGUGGUAGAAGCCACAAGUGCUGUGAACUGUGCUGGAAGGAGAACAAAGUUAAAAUAGCAAUUUUAUUUGAGUGCCUCUCUGUGACUGGGGCUUCCUGUGGGUUGUUUUUGUUGUUAAUAUGGAAGGGCACAGCAUGGGGAUUUGUUCUGGACUGCUGCUUUGGAAAGAUUGUUUUGUUUGUUUGUUCACCUUUGAGGUGUCUCUGGAGUUUUACAACAAAGCUUGAAAAUUGUAAUCAUGGUGGGUGUUGAACUGGAAGCCUGGCUCUUGUUUGGCAUACCAUGGAAUGAAGAGAUUGCUGUCUAGUAAAAAUUACUGAAAUUCAGGAUCUGCAGGAGAUGUUGGCUUAUUUUACAAAGUGUACUGAAGUCUCAAUUUUCACAAAUCAAAGUUCUAAAAUAAAAUCUGGUGGCCUCA